AUGCUUGGUAAAAAUGGGUGGAUGGAAAUUCCUACAUCAAACACCUCAGAUUUUCAUGAUUGUAUAAUCUUUGAUGGGAAAAUUUAUGCUAUUAAUUCUCGUGCAGAACUUUGGGUCUCGAAUAUUGAGACUCCAAAAGAGAUGGUGAAUUUGGGUUUAAAACGACUUAGGUUGAAAAAACAGUCGAAAUUGUAUUUGGUCAAAAUGGAUAAUGAUGAUUUGUUAAUGAUUGAGAGACGGUUUAAUAUUGAAUUUCUUGUGAAGUAUUGGAAUUACUUUGAGCGUGACUACGAGACUGUUGGGUUCAAUUUAUUCAAGAUGGAUUCAAGCAAGGAAAAGUUAAGAUGGAUUAAAGUUAAUAAUUUGGAUGAUUAUUGUGUCUUUUUGGGGUUGAAUACUUCCAUUUGUUAUCGUGGAUCAUUAAAUGGCAAUCAUAUUUAUUACUCGGAUGAUCAAACGAAGCGACAUGUUUAUGAUUUUGUUGGUGGUCAUGAUUUUGGAGUAUACGAUAUAGCAAAUGAAAGUUGUCGACGAUUGUUAGAUGAUCAACGUGUUAUCACUAAUUUUGUUUGGCCUCCUCCCGUCUGGGUGACACUUAAGAAUUAA